CUCUCUCCUCCCUGCUCCUCCUCUGCAGGCCUCCUGCUCUCCGCUGCAGAGAGGAGCUCUGUGACGUCAGGGAAGGCUUCAGCGGUGCCUUGCUGGUUGGAGCGGAAAAAAAAAUGGGGAGAAGAUUGCGAGGACCUCAGGCAGGAGAACCACGAAUGAUGAAGUGAAACGACCAGUUGAAAGUUGCCACUAUGUGUGGUCGUGUGACUGAGCUGUGCUCCUCCGUUGCACAUCGGAUCUCUCUUAUUCCUACUGACUUGCCGUAGUCGCUCAGUUUUAAGCAUGAGAGGAUCUGUCAGGUGUUCGACCUCUGUGCCCUCAUACUGGCACCGCUGUUGUGCCGCGUGAGCGCCGACCCCUCCCCUCCGGCAGUUACUGCACGGCAUGGCCUCUCUGGACCUGCCAUACCGCUGUCCUCGCUGCGGGGAGCACAAGCGCUUCCGAAGCCUGUCGUCCUUACGUGCCCACCUGGAGUACAACCACACGUACGAGACCCUCUACGUCCUCUCCAAAUCCAACAGUGUAUGCGAUGCCGCUGCUCUGCUGCCGCUAGUGGCUGAGGGAGCUCUCCUCACACCUGCCAACAACAACGACCCCUUUGAGCCCCUCCGGCCUUCAGCUUUAAAGGAACGUCGCUUCCCUUGCCGCGAGCUUCCUUGUGCGGACGACUUGAGUUUGACACCGGCUAACUCUGCUAACACUGCAGCCAGGUACAUUCCCAAUGUGGAGUUUCCCCUCGGGGAGAUUUUUAUGAAGAAAGCCAUGACAUCUACAGACCCAGGUCCCCAUGGAAACCCCAGCACUGCUGUAGCAGUGGCAGCUAAUGUAGCAGCCAGUGCAGUGGAGGCAGCCUAUGAGGAAGGCCUGGCCAGGCUGAAGGCGAGGGCCUUUGAACGGCUGGAGCUGGAUGAAAGGCUGGAGAAGCUUUCUGAAGAGGUGGAGCAGAAAAUAGCAGCUCGCGUAGGUCGUCUUCAGGCGGAGCUGGAGAGGAAGAGCUCUGAGCUGGAGCGGGCCAAGCAGGAGAGCGAGCGGCUGAGCCAGGAGAAACAAGACCUGGAGGACAAGGCCUCCGAACUCUCUCGGCAGGUUGACGUCUCUGUGGAAAUGUUAGCCAGCCUCAAACAGGACCUGGUGAACAAGGAGGAGGAGCUCAGUCACAAACAACAGGAAGUCGCCCAGAUUGACCAGUUCCUUCAGGAGACAGCGGCACGUGAAGCCAAUGCCAAAGUGCGACUGCAGCAGUUCAUUGAGGAACUACUGGACCGCGCUGAUCGCGCUGAAAAACAGCUGCAGAUCAUCAGCAGCUGUGGCACCACACCCAACGGCAGCCUGGGACGCUGCAGCCUGCAGGCCACGAAGGGCAACAGCCGCCAGAGAAACUCCAGCCUUUCUGGAAGCACAAGAGGCAUGUACCAAGUGUCAGACCGGCGUUCCUCACCCAGCACAGGAGCAUCAGGGCGGAUCAAGUCCGUCUCACAAGGCUCUGGAGGUUACGACAGUGACAGCGUGGAGAUGCAUCCCAUGGAGGAGUGUCCCGAGGCUCAGUACUAUCACAUGCAGUGCCGGCUGGGUGAGGGCGGUUAUGAGCGCUCCCCUGGAUGUGGCUCAAGGAACUGGGGUCUUCGUAAGCAGGCUAUUCAGAACUGGCAGCGGCGACCCUACAGGAACAGCACUGAAGGAGAGGAGGGAGACGUGUCAGAUGUGGGCUCUCGGACCACCGAGUCCGAGGUGGAGAUGUGGGAACAAGAGAGGAGAGCUGUGGCUGAGGUACAGCAGUCUGCCGCUCCCUAUCCCCACCAUGGCAGGGCAGGAUAUCGUCCUAACACAGGCCGUUCUGAUGGGGUCUACAACAAACCAUGUCGACAUGAAAAGAGCCCAUCCAAAUCCAACGAGGUGAUCAGUCCAGAGAUCCUGAAGAUGCGUGCGGCUCUCUUCUGUAUCUUCACCUACCUGGAUACUAAAACCCUGCUGAGAGCCGCCGAGGUUUGCCGCGACUGGAAGUUUGUGGCCCGUCACCCGGCCGUGUGGACCAGAGUGCUGCUGGAGAACGCUCGCAUUUCUUCCAAGUUCCUGAGCAUACUGUCUCAGUGGUGCACUCAGACGCACUCCCUCAUUCUGCAAAACCUCAAACCAAGACAGCGGGGGAAGAAGGAGACCAAGGAGGACUACCUGAAAAGCACACGUGGCUGUCUGGAAGAAGGUCUGGAGGCGUUGUUAAAGGCCACAGGAGGUAACCUGCUCAUACUGAAGAUUUCACACUGCCCCAACCUGCUGACUGAUCGCUCCCUCUGGCUGGCCAGCUGCUACUGCCGAGCUCUGCAGGCUGUAACCUACAGAAGUGCCACAGAUCCAGUUGGCCAGGAGGUGAUCUGGGCCCUGGGAGCAGGUUGUAGAGACAUCAUCUCCCUACAGGUGGCACCGCUGCACCCAUGCCAACAACCCGCUCGUUUCAGUAACCGAUGCCUACAGACGAUUGGAAGGUGUUGGCCACACCUCCGUGCUCUCGGUGUGGGCGGGGCCGGUUGUGGGAUUCAGGGGCUGGCCUCUCUAGCGAGGAACUGCAUGCGCCUGCAGGUGCUGGAGUUGGAUCAUGUGAGCGAGAUCAACCAAGAGGUGGCAGCAGAGGUUUGCAGAGAGGGCUUAAAAGGUCUGGAGAUGCUGGUGCUCACCUCCACACCAGUCACCCCCAAAGCCCUGCUGCAUUUCAACAGUGUUUGCCGCAACCUGAAGUCCAUCGUGGUCCAGAUUGGUAUAGAAGACUAUUUCGAGGACCCCAACAGCCCUGAAGCUAGAAAACUGUUUGACGAGAUGGUCAACAAGCUGCAGGCUCUGAAGAAGAGACCCGGUUUCUCCAAAAUCCUCCAUGUGAAAGCAGAUAGCCUCUGCUAACAUCUUUUGUGCAGAUUCUUCAAGUCUUGGAGGGACGCCAUCUUGGCUCCAGUCAAUCAUAAAGACCCAGCUGUUUUGAGCCCACUCAGUGGGGCUGAAUACGUCUGCAGGACCGACAGAAACAACAGAAGAUCGCCGCGAUGAACCAAGGCUGAGGCUCCAUGUGCAUACUCUACUAAUACAGAAAAUAAUUCUUUCACCAUUUCAGUAAGGAGAAACUGAUAUCUCCUUCAUGUUGGUUAUGAACAGUCAAGAGGCUUGUUUGGACCAACAGUGGCUCUAUAUAUCACAUGAAUGGCCUGUCGUAAACUUUACAAAGACCCAAAUAACCCAACAAAACUGUCAGAUUCCUCUUUUUGGUCUUUUACUUUAACCAUAAAAUUGGUUCUUGCACCUGCACAGAGCCAGAUCCCUCUCUUGAAACACCUGGGGCCAGGUGACAGCGCUGUAUUUUACUGUCUGCAUCCACAUAAUGCUUGACACACACUUGAGACUACCUUCAGCAGCACGUGGGCAGGAGCACAUAAUAAAUCAUACAUACUUUUUUUCACAGCAGUAUAAGGUUAAGAGACUUGAAACGGGAGCUUUGUGUAUGCGUGUGUGCAGAUGAGUGAAUGCAUACAGCUGAGAGCUGAAUACAUGGUUUUCAACCUGCCUGUCUCACGCUGCUGUGCGUUGGAGCAGGACAACGGACAACUUUCAACGCUUACUGCUUCCGCCCCAAACAGAAAAGUGCUUAACCAUCUCCGGGCGCAGCGGACAGAGCAAGAACAGCACUCUCAGUAACACGCUGACCUUGACAGUCGUCAUGGCAGAGAUUCGUUUAGCCUCUAUUUCCAUCUUCUGCUUCCUCAUGUGAGCAGCAUCAGGCCACAAACCUGGACUCGGUGUUUCACGUUGUUGUUGUGUCUCCAGAGGGAAGAUGAUCCAUAAUGCAUUUCUCUCUCUCUCUCUCUCAAAAACAAAAAGCAAACAAACUGGUGCCAUUUGUAACAGUGUCCUCAUUCCAGUGAGCGUUUUCUCCAAUGUGCCAUUAAUGAGGGAAGAUUUCAUUUGAAUGGAAACAUCACUUACUGAACAAAAGGGUGUUUUGAUUCAUGUGGAACGUAGUCUCAAGGUGCAUACAGAUGUUACAGUGUUUAUACAUCAUGUGAGUUUCAUACUUUACCAUACUAAACAGUGCCAUUCCUGUCAAUAGUGCUUGUCACAGCUGAAAAAUCCAUCUUUAUAUUCUUCAGCUGACGUUCUCUGGCUCCCUCUGCUGGCUUGUCCCCAGCACUUACUCGGCUAACAGCCUGCUGGCGUCAACACGCUUUGUGCACUCUGCAGCAUGCGACGUGUGCCACCUUAACUAUUUUGCAGAACACAAAGCCAAGGGAUCAGGUUGUUAGCAUCACCUUCAAAUUAGGAGUUUCAUUUGAUGCAUGGUGGUGCGGUGGUUGCAGCGCUGUCGCCUCACAGCAAAGGGGUUCGGGAUUUGAAUCCAGGUCUGGGUCCUUCUGUGCGGGGUUUGCAUGUUCUCCCUGUGUCUGCGUGGGUUUUCUCCGGGUACUCCAGCUUCCUUCCACAAUCCCAAACACAUGCAC